AUGUUGCUCAAUGAGUGGUACCACGAUGCAGCUUGCGGCCGGCAAUUUGUGAACUAUUUCAAGCUACUGGACUGGAUGACCAAAACCGACACCAACGAGAAAGGGAAGAACGUCGCCAGACUCCUCCGGGAGCUUCACCAACUCAAGGCGCAAAAGCCCCUAUUCUUCGACUCCUCGGUUAAGAUCGCGACCGAAGAGGAUUUUGCCCUUCGCGUGUUCGGCAUUCUCCUGGAACUGGACCGCGGCGACUUCAUCCAUGCCUUCAGCCGGGCAAAUAUUGUCGACAAACACUUAGCAGUUGCUCCUCAGUGCUACGUCCACCUCGCCCAAGAGCUGAAUAACGAAGGGCUGAGCGCGCUCGAGGCCAAAGACCUAAUCGAGGACUUCGACCAUAAGAGAUGGUCCUUUAUCCCCGUCACCAUCAGCUAUAACAUGAGCCGGUCCUUGCACGACGGCCAAUGGGUGCUACCAUUCUUGAAGAAGGAGCGGAUCAACGGCAAGGGCGGCACAGCUGAUGUGUACCAAGUCUUGGUCCAGGAAUACUUCAUCGACCCUGUCCUCCGAGACGCGAUCAAGAAAUCGAGGUUCCAUGAUAAGGACUACGGAUGGUGCUAUCAACUGGCCCUGAAGACUUACUCUCCCAGAAAUAAAGACUUCUUCGAGUGGGAGAAGGUGGCAUUCAAAGGACUACGAGGCCAGCCCGGAAUGGUACAAUAUCUCGGGGACUACGUCUUCGAAGAAAUUCCCAACGAGCCCGAAUCCUGGACCUACAACAUUCUCCUGGAGCUCGGAGAGCUGGACCUCGACGAGUUCUUCGCCGACCAGCAUUCAUACCCGCCCGUACGGACCCCAGAAAUCAUUGCCUUCUGGAGCGCCUUGUUCAAAGUGGCGGAAGCGAUUAAGCGACUCCACAACCUUGAACGUCGAGACGAGGACGGGGUUACGGAGAAGUAUCAUGGCUGGCACGCCGAUAUCAAACUCGACAACAUCUUGCGAGUGCACGGUGAAUAUAAGCUGGCAGACUUUGGAUUUGCCAAGUUCAAGCGAAUCAAGGAGGAGCCGCCGACCGAAUACAUCGAAGGAGGCACCCAGACCUACGGGCCCCCCGAGACGGACCCAAAGAGGGUUCGUGGUACUUCGACUGCUGUCACCCAGACCAUCGACACCUGGUCGUUUGGGUGCGUGCUGUCUAUCGCCGUCACCUGGGUCAUCUUGGGCUACCAAGGCAUCCUUCAGUACGAGACGCUGAGGAAGCAAGCCAUCGCCAAUUUGAAGAGGCGGCAAGAGCAGGAGACCGGGCUCACGACGCCCACCGCCCACGACGCCUUCCACAAUGGGUAUAAUGUGCUCCCCGAAGUGCUUCAGUGGCACAACUAUCUACACACCAUCAGCCGCCGGUCGGACUCGCUGUCCAUGCGUGUGCUGGGCCUCGUCGAGCAGGAAAUGCUGCUCGGGAGCCCCCAGCAGCGCAUCUCGUCGACGGCCCUAUGUGAACGACUCAAGUUCAUGCUCAAGGCGGCCGAUAUGGACUACGCCAACUCGCGCCGGGACGCGAGCAUCCACGAGUCGGUGCUCAAAGCCCUGCUGGAAUACGACCAACAAGCGCCCGCCAACUCGACCCAAGCAGCCCGAGCCAAGUCAGCGGGCUUGGAGCGCCUCGCACCGCCCUCUGCCUCCUCCCGCGGAUCUGCUGCCGCCCAGGAUGCUGCCCCUCGCAAGUCGAGACGGAUCGGCAAGUCGGAGAGGCUGGACAACAUCCCGCGCGGAAAGACGGCGCAUCGGGCGGAAGAUCUGGAGCGUGAAUUGCAGGCUCAGGCGGAUGUCCACGAGCCGGAGCCCUCAGCCAUGUCGGAUCUCUAUGACAGCCCGGUCGAGGAGGCCGACGGGGCCAUGAUACCGUCUUUCCAAAGGCCUGUAACGCCGACACCUCGGUUCCGACCAAGGCCCCAGCAGAUCAAUGUGACCCAGCUCGGAGAUCCAACGAGGAAGGUCAAACCUCCAAACGGGCCGGAUCCUGCAACCAACCCCCAACUCCCAAGGCAGCCAUACCAGCCACCAAACGGCGACCAGGGACGACCACAAGUGUCCCCUAGUUCAAUGUGGCCGCGGCCAAGGCAGCCAUUUACUCGUCCCCCACCAGUCCGGGAGCCGGAAUCCAGUCCAGAACCAAAGAGGUCGACGCCUCCGCGGAUGCCUCCGGGGCCCGUCCUUGUGCCCACCCUCGAGCCCUCUCUCGACAUCUGUCGCGUGCGAGAGGAACUGGAAAGGAAUCGGCCGAAUAGAAUCGCGUCAUUUGUCGGCAUCCCCAAGAAAGAUUUGUACUUGAAGAAAUUCAUCAAGAACCGAGACAUUAAAUUCAUCGUCGACAACGGCACCACCAUGCUGCCGUUCUGGGGAGUGGCCACGUACGUGUUGGAGACGUUGACGUUGAAGUUGGCCGGCCUGGACGAAGACGGCCUCGACCUGGUCUUCACGAUCGGCGAGGAAUUCAACAUCAACAACGCCCGACGAGCCAACUCGGCGGCCAGGUUCCAAAAGGCCAUGCAAGAAAUGACUCCCAAGGACCCGGGCGAUGCGGACGAGGAAUUCCUCCGCACCGACAUGACGGCCGUGCUGGGCCGCGUGUUUGACGAAUAUCUCAAGACCGACCGACACAAAGCCAUGACUUUGCUCAUCCUGACCGACGGCCUCUGGCUGGGCUCGGUCAAGGAAGACGUGGUCGAGAAGAAGAUUGCCGACUUUGUCAAGGAGCUCAACUCGAUGGAACCGCGGCGGUUCAGUAUCGAGUUCAUUCGCUUCGGCGACGAUCGGACGGCCAUCAAACGGUUGGAAGCUUUGGACAACGCGAUGGAAGAUCGGUAUGGAAUCGAAGACAUCAUCGACACUGAACCUUGGACCGGACGAGUCAGGAAGAUGAUCGUGGGAAGCAUUCUGGAAGGCGAGGAUUUGGAUGAAAACGAGCGGGAGGGUCCGACUCCUGCCGCCUCCGUUCCGUCCUCGCCGGGGUCUGGUGCUCGUCCGAAUGGUGUCCGGAAUAGCGUCAGUCAGAUUUACGGUCGCAGCCCUUCGCAGAAGAAGCCGAACCCGUUCUCCAGGCUCAUGGGCUAG